GAUCAGCCCAGAGUAAACACACAGCUACCAGACUGAGAAGCAUGAGCGGACUGAACAGGGACAAUCCCACCAGUGACUAUAUAGCGCGAGUAACUAAUUUCUGGUCAUGUCUUCCACGAGAAAGCAGUAUUUUGUCCUUUCUUGUCUUGCUUUGUUGAUUGUUUGCUUGACGGUUGUUAUGAAGAAAUGGCACUUUGGUCUGAGAGGGAACUUUGGGGAUGCUGCUCUGGAUUUAACUCCUCUGCGCGGUGCAUUACUCCAGCAGAUCAGAGACAGACAGCAAGAGAUUGCUCCUUUUUACACCUUUAAUCAGGGACAUCGAUCACUAGUGGAUCAUCAGUCGACUUUUCCCAACGCAGACGCGAUAAGGAACACAACUCUGCAGGCUCUGGGGUCGGAGAUCGGAUGCAGGGAUCUGAGCGGCUUGACAGUUGUGGAUUUUCUCGGCGCUGGUUACACAAAAACAGUGUUAAAGGUCGUUUUACCUCGGGGUUUAGAAGUGGCGUUGAAAACCGUGAACAAUCAAGGGACAGACAUGAGAUCUUGCUUGGAGGAUUUCGGGGAUCCAGAGGGCUGCCAGGACCUCGUGUCCUUCAAACUGAGAAAAGAGAUCAUCCUGCUGCAGAGACUACAGCACCCUAAUAUUGUUAAGCUGAAAGGUCAGUGCCAGGACAGUGCCCUGGUGGGUGGCAUCACAGCAGUGUUGGAGCAGGGAACCCCAGUGCAGAUGAUUCAGCUCCUGCAGAGCCCCUGGGAAGAGCGCUUUCGGGUGUGUCUCGGCUUGGUCAGGCUUCUUCACUAUCUGUCUCUUUCUCCUCUUGGCUCUGUGGCCUUGCUGGACUUCCAGCCUCGUCAGUUCAUCAUGGUGUCUGGUGAGCUCAAGCUGACUGAUCUGGACGAUGCCGUUGUAACGGAGACACAAUGCAGGAAAAGUUCUGAUUGCAUGCUGCAGUUUCCACUGCGCAACUUUACCUUCCCAUGCUCGGGCAGCGGAGUGUGCCAAGGCCUCAACGAGAUGAGGAACCUUUACAAUGCUUACAGAUAUUUCUUCAUCUAUCUGCUGCCUCAUCAGGCUCCAACAAUACUGAAACCUCUCGUGGAUCAGAUAAUGAAUACAACAGGGGAACUGAAACACAGUGUUAACAAAACACUGGAGGCCUUUGAAGAAGUCUUGCAUGUAUACAAAUCUGGGCUGAACAUGCCUUCAUCUGUAAUUAAAGACUAUGCUGUGCUGAAAGGCAUGGGUACAUCUGGAAAUAAGGAGUACAAGUGCUGGCCAUCCUACAACCAUCAAAGAUGCAUGCUCUCUGUGCACAGUGUUGUAGAAGCUGCCCACAUCUGCAGCUCUCACCCACAAUGCACCAGCUUCUCCGUCAGUCACCAGAAGACAUGGACAGGCCGACUUCUUGCCUCGUUCAGAAGUGGCUUCAGUCAUCUGGUUCCAGAUGUGAGCUCCACAGUCUACGUGAGGACGGCCAAAGCCUCGACAGCUACUCUUUAAGUAAGGGGAAAACAGAGCGAGGCAGAACGAGAGAUGCUUGGGGGGGCGGGAGAGCUAUGAAGUGAAUGAACGAGAUGUAUUUAUAGGCAUCACACUCAAAAGACUCUUUGAUCUGCCUGCCAAUGCCGCAUGCUGCCAAGAGGCGUCUAAAAGGAUUUCCCUUCAGGUAUAAUUACCUCUCCUUACACAAAAAGAAACACCCAGCCCACUGUUUUUUCCAUUUUUGCUGUUGUGUUUGUAUGGCACAGUCGAAUGAAAGGGUAUUGAGCCGAUUCUAUACAAGCUCUUACAUAGAUUUACUUUGAUGUUAAUUGAGCCAGUAGUUCUGCGGUGUUGCGCUGCAUGCUGGAAUGCCUUAAACACAGUGUUGCAACAGGCAAGGAAAGAAGUACUGAAAUUACAGCUGUGUAGGAGCUGAGAUAGCUGUUUAGGAUCACUUUACUGAUCACUGCAAUUCAUUUUUACUUUUAUGCAGUCUACUUUUUCAUCCAGUGGAUGUGAUUGAUUUAGUUGUUCUUUCAGAGAAAGAGUUACUGUUAUUUGACAUUUUUGAAAUUGGGUUUUGUGCAGAAAGAAUUGAAUAAAAGUGUUUUGUUUUGUAACUUCUUCUCUCAGGUUAUUUAAUAGGAAAGUCGUAUGUGUGCUGUUAAUAUUCUACCCUUAUUCACUUUUAAAAGCAGCCACUAUGCAUUGUGUGUUCUCCCCUACCUUCAGCGCCGUAGCAGACUGUGCCCCGCAAAGUUUACACAAAACCUUACCAGUGCAUACUAAUUAAUCACUUGCGGGGUCAUUAUGGUUUAAUUAUUACAUGUAA